CCCAAUUUCACCGUAACUUCUUUCUCUGUGUUUUCCCGCUUUCUUAAAUCACAAGUAACACCAACAAUAAUUUGAUCUUGAUUGCUGUUACUAAGAAACAAAGAUGUUUGAUUCAACAAACGGAUCAUCAGUUUUUUGUCAGUAUCCUUCUUUUGGAGGUUUUGGCUCUAGUCCUGCUCAAACUAGUCCAUUUAGUAGUGCCAUCCAAUCAUCACAACCAGCAUUUGGAACCAGCAGCAUAUUUGGUUCCUCGACACCUUUUGGCGCUUUAUCACAGCCAACAUUUGGUUCAACAGGCACCCCGGCGUUUGGUACAACCAGCACACCCGUUUUUGGCAUGUCAAGUGCUCCUGUGUUUGGAACGCAGACUCCCACUCAAGCAUUUGCCAAUACUGCUAUAGAGCAAUCAGAAUUUCAAGGUCGACGGGGUGGAAGUAGAGUAGCUAGUUACUCAGCUACAUUUGUAAUAGAUACUCCCUCAACUCGAAUCGAAAAAUUGGAGUCCGUAUCAGCUAUACCUUUUUACAAAGUUAAAAGCCAUGAGGAGCUAAGAUGGGAGUACUAUGAAUUGGGAAAAAAAGAUAUCGGUACCUCUGCUGAGACUAUUUUUACAUUGGUGUCCAUAUUAGCCAUGCCAGCUUACAAAGAUAAAAGCCAUGAAGAGCUAAGAUGGGAGGACUAUCAAUUGGGAGAUAAAGGUGGUGGAAGUAGCUUCGGUGGAACUCCAGGCAUGUUUGACAGGGCUACCCCCCAGAAUUCCAUCGUUGCACAACAAGCACCGAUCAAUACAAACCCAUUUGGAACACUUCCUGCUUUGCCUCAGAUGUCAAUUGGUCGAGUUGGAAACACUCCUUCCGUUCAAUAUGGUGGACCACUUCCCUCUGCUGUUCAGUCAACUGGUAUGGAAGGAUUUAAUUUAUCUACGAUACAGACAGAUGCCUUUUCGCCUUCACCUGUAUUUGAUCAAUCAUCAGCCAAUCCCUUCUCUAGCACAACUCCUAAUCCUAACCGAUUUGAAGGAAGACAUUCGAUGGGACGUUCAUUGGUGAUUUUGACAAGAACAAUGACUGUGACAGUGGUGAUCAGUGGAUGGAAUAUUUUUGCGUAGACUGUUAGACACAGGUGUGGGCGAGAGCAACUCUUUUAUUCAUUCCAUUUGAGCAAUGUGUCUAGCUCAAAGGAGUUGUA